AUGUCUGUUUCGAAUGGUGCUGCAAGCUUAACGGAAUUGAAUGUGAAAGAUACAUUAGAACAUGCCAGUAAUCCUCAACAUGCUGGUUCACAAGUUCAACGCCUCGCAGAAGAACAGUUGAAAGAAUGGAGUAUGAUUCCAGGGUUCCAUUACAUAUUACAAUCUAUAUAUUUGGAUCUAUCAAAUUCUUUGCAAAUUAGAUGGUUGGCUGUAAUUCAAUUCAAGAAUGGUGUUGAAAAAUACUGGAGAUCCACAAGAAUUAACGCUAUAUCAAAGGAGGAGAAAGCAUCUAUUAGAAGUAGACUCUUUGAUUUGAUUGAUGAACAAAAUAAUCAAUUGUGUAUACAAAAUGCUCAAGCAGCUUCUAGGAUUGCUAGACUAGAUUUCCCAACUGAAUGGCCAACAUUAUUUGAACAUAUUGAACAAUUAUUAGAGAAUGAACAUAUUAAUAGAGAUGAUAUUAAACUGUUCAAUAUAUUAGUACAUGUAAACCAAAUUGUAAAAAUUCUAGGAACAGCAAGAAUCGGAAGAUGUAAACCCGCAAUGCAAAGUAAGAUCCCGCUUAUUUUCCCUCUUAUUGUGAGAAUAUACUUGCAUUCCUUUGAUCACUGGACUUCAAGGUACACCCAGAAUAGUACAAUAAGAGAAUCAGAUGAACUGACCAAAUUGCAAGUUUCUUAUCUUGCAUUGAAAGUAUUGAGGAGGAUCGUAUGCGAGGGUUAUGAAAGGCCUCACAAAGAUGAAUCCGUGUGCGAAUUCAUUAGAUUGACCAUAUCACAUUUUGAAUUAUUAAUUAACAAUCAAGAAAAUUUGGGUAAAUUACAUGUAUACGAAAAAUUUAUUAAAUGUUAUGGUAAAUUAUACUAUAAUACUGUUACCGAUUCACCAGCAAACUUUAUUUUAUUACCGUCGUCUACCCAAAUUUUAAUUGUGUACACGAAGUUGUUAUUUGAGAAGGCUCCUGUUGUCUAUACAGAGAAUUCAGAUACUACUGGUGACUUUUGGGAACAAACUGUAAUUAAGGGUAUCCUUUUAUUGAAAAAAGUAAUCAAUUUUGUCUGUAAGAAAAAUGUUAUAACAUUACGUGCGAGAAGUGAUAAAAUUACUGUAGAAGAAGCCAUUGAGAAGAUCAGUAGAGAAUUUUUAAAUGAAGAUCUGAUUAAAAAAUUGGUAGAUGUUUUGAUGAAUUGGUAUUUGAAAUUAAGACCAGCAGAAUUAGAAAAUUGGUUUAUAGAUCCAGAGGAAUGGAUUAAUGAACAAAUGAUGACAAGUUACGAAUAUCAAAUUCGUCCAUGUGCAGAGAAUUUCUUUCAAGAUCUGAUAAAUAAUUUCUCUGAUUUAUUAGUUCCAUACUUAUUGUACAAAAUCGAAAAUGAGGCUGCCUCUUUGACUAAUUCAUCUGAAGAUUUCUUAAAGAAAGAUGCCAUCUAUGCUAGUUUCCAAUUGAGUAGCAACGUCGUUGGAGAUAAAGUUGAUUUCGAUAAUUUAUUAACUACUGUAUUCCUUCCGGAAGCCUCGAACACCAAUGUUAAUUCUGAUCAAUUGAAAUUAAUUAGAAGAAGAGUUGCAUUGAUUAUUAAUGAAUGGUCAGUAGUUAAAUGUUCAGAAGCUAGUAAAAGUCUUUGUUAUAAGUUUUUUGGUGAAUUAUUAAUAACAGAAAAGGAUAAAGUUGUAUUACUAACUGUUGUUCAGGCUUUAAGGACAAUGAUUGAUGAUUGGAAUUUCGAUAAAGACACUUUCGAACCGUAUCUUAAUGAUAUAAUCACUGUCCUACUAAGAGAAAUCCUUCCAUCGGUGUCUUUGACAGAGACCAGACUGUACGUGCUAAAUGCCUUGACAGAUAUUAUUAUUCAAACAAAGCCAUUAUUGAACAAAGAUUUGUUAAUAGAAAUCAUGCAGCGUGUUCCUAGCCUAUGGGAAGUCUCCACUAAUAAUGCAUCUGAAACAAUUUUGUCAAACGCCUUAUUGAGAUUGCUGAAACAUUUAGUGUCGUCAUUGGGUUCAUAUUCAUAUUUAACCUGGGAAAUAUCUAUCCCACUGAUUAGGUAUGCAUGUGAUCCUUCCUCCAGUCAAUACCAAUUACUUAAUGAAGACGGGUUUGAAUUAUGGAGUGCACUAUUACAACAUUAUUCGGUGAAAGAGCAUAAUACUUUUGACCCUGAUUUUAUUGAACUACUUCCAUUUUUAGAAUAUGCAGUUGAUGCAAGAACAGAAAUUUUACCAACAUUAUUGGAAAUUGUUAAAAGUUAUACUUUAAUUUUAAACCAGUCUGAUUUCCUUUCUUCUGAUGCAAUGUUGAAAAUAUUUGAAGAUAUGGCAAAAUAUAUAUUGACGUUAAGAGAAGAUUCCUUCCAGAUUAUAUUACAAGUUUGGGAAUUGUUGAUUCUUUCAAAUGAGUAUGGUGGUGAAAAUUUGCUAUUUUCGAAGCUUUUCGAAACUGGAGUAACAAGAGCCAUGUUUGAUGCUAUUUUCUUAGAAGAAUCAUUAUCAUCGUAUCAAUGUGGACAAAUCUUCCAAAUUGUGGGUAGAUUAGCAUAUCUGAACCCAGAUGCGUUACUUGAAUCAUUAGCUCAAUAUCAUCGUUCGUUACCAACAAUGAAUGAGAAUGCACACCUCCCAAUGAAGAACAGAAAAAGUAUUUUCAGUGAUAGCUCAUUUGAGGUCGUUGUUCAAAGAUUUUUAUCUCAAUGGAUUGUUUGCUAUAAGGAAAUUUAUGAUCCUAAGUUUAAGAAAAUUCAUAUCAUGGGUAUGUCUAGUCUAUUGAGAACUAAAAUGAUAGCCAUUAUUGGGGAUCUGGGAAUAAUUAUUUCCUUAUGGAUCAAUAUGAUGGAGGAAAUAAAUGAAAAUUCUAAUGGUGAUUGUGAAAAAUACCAUUUGAAUGAUAUUGUGACUGAGCAAUCUCUUACGUAUUAUCCUUUAACAAAUGAACAACUAAGACAACAUGAAUUGGAUGAGAGGAAUGAUUUUGUACACCAUAUCAGUUUCAAAGAUUUUAUUACCCAAAUUUUGAAAUUCUUGGAACAAACGUUAGGCAUUCAAGGGUACAAUGAGUUACUAAAUUCAGUCAAUCCAGCUUUACUAGAAAACUUACAACUUUUCUUAUCUGUUAAAUCUCAACAAUGA